AGAAAGAAGUUACUGUAGACAGAGACUACCCGCAUUUAAGAAGAGCCUUUGAACUACUGCACCAUCAACAGGGAUGGAGGACAAGUGCUCUGUUCCGCUCUCGCUCGUACUUCCGCUGCUGCUGCUGCUGCUGCUUGAAGGUGUUCGAGCUCUGACUACGACUGCAAACAAGACGACGCCGAAGGUACCGGCGGUGGUGGUGUUCGGGGACUCGAUCGUCGACCCUGGGAACAACAACGUGUUGCCGACCAUCGCCAGGUGCAACUUCCCCCCGUACGGUAAGGACUUCCCCGGCGGCAAGGCCACCGGCAGAUUCUCCAACGGGAAGAACCCCUCCGACAUCCUCGCUUCGCAAUUAGGAGUAAAGGAGUAUGUCCCAGCAUACCUUGGCACACAUCUUGAUGCCCAGGAGCUGCUCACUGGCAUCAGCUUUGCAUCAGGUGGCUGUGGAUAUGAUCCUCUCACAUCACAACUCUUGGUAGCUCUGUCGCUGAGGCAUCAGCUGAACCUGUUCAAGGAGUACAAGGAGAAGCUAAAGAGGGUUGCUGGAGAAGGCAGAGCAGCCGAUAUCAUUGCCAACAGUUUAUAUGCUGUGGUCACAGGGACUAAUGACAUUGCUACAACAUACUUUCUGUUGCCAUUCCGAAGGGCGGAGUUUGACAUCCCUUCCUACAUCACAUUCUUGGUGCAAUCAGCUUCAAGCUUUCUUCAGGAACUCUACCUCUCGGGAGCAAGAAGAAUUGCUAUCAUGGGAGCCCCUCCUAUAGGAUGUAUGCCAUCACAAAGAACUCUUGCUGGUGGAAUAGAGAGAGAAUGUGUUACCCUGUACAAUGAAGCUGCAACGAUGUUCAAUUCCCAACUAUCAAAGGAGGUGCAAAGGCUCGAUAGCACACUGUUGGGAUCAAAAAUAGUCUACAUAGACAUAUACACUCCAUUGCUUGAUAUGAUCUUACGGCCCUUCGCCUACGGUUUUAAGGAGUCCACAAGAGGAUGUUGUGGCACAGGUUACUAUGAGGUUAUAAUCACAUGUAAUAGCAUCACUGCAACUUCAUGUGCAAAUGCUUCAGAGUAUGUAUUCUGGGAUAGCUUCCACACUACAGAGAGGGCAGCAGAGAUGCUCAUUACCCAAAUUCUUCAGCAGUAUGGUCCAAGUUUGCUUGACUAAAGCUAAUUUACCUUCCCUUUGGUACUACUACCAGAUAUGCCAUCUCAAUUAAUUCUACAUUGUCCAAGGUUUAUAAUUGGGCUGAUUCCUACUGAUAUGUAACCAAUGUUUUAAUGUUAUUGACACCGUUUGUAUCUUUUCAGCAUCUAUGAUCAGCUUAGCUUUAUAUGCA